AUGUGGUCUCCGGUGGUCUCAUGGACUUUGCCACUUGCACUGCUCAGCACUCUGCCGGCCAGAGUAUUGGGUGGUGAUAUUCUGUCCACUCAAGGAUUCAGUCUGUGUUCGACCAAUCCCACAAUCAAGGUCGAAGCCUUGGAUGUUCAAUUCGACCGAACGACAAACUUGGUUGUGUUUAACGUUGCAGGAAGCAGUUCUCAGUCACAAAAUGUCACAGCCAAGAUAGUGGUCACUGCGUAUGGAAGGGAGGUCUACCAGAAGCCUUUCAAUCCUUGCGAUGCUGGCACCUACGUCGAACAGCUUUGUCCUGUACCCGCUGGAAGUUUUGCCGCGCAAGGCAGUCAAACCGUUCCUUCCCAGUUCGCAAGUAUGAUUCCUUCGAUCGCUUUCAACGUACCAGACUUGGAUGGUGUAGCCAAGCUCGAAUUAUUUGCCGAAGACGACCCAAACCAAGAUCUUGCCUGUGUUCAGUCAACUGUCGGCAAUGGAAAGUCGAUGAACGUUCCAGCAGUUACAUAUGUUGCCGCUGGCAUGGCUGGCGCCGCUCUGGGUAUAUCUGCUCUUGGUGCUGUGGUCGGUGGUUUCCACGUCGGCGGAGCUUCACCAAGUCCUACGUUUGGAGAGACCUUUGGCUGGUUCCAAGGUAUCGCUACAAAUGGUAUGCUCAGUGUCACAUAUCCUAGCAUCUAUCGCAGCUUCUCCAAGAACUUUGGUUUCAGUACUGGUCUCAUUCCUUGGGCUAGCAUGCAGAAGACCAUCGACAACUUUCGCGCUGGAACUGGCGGAAACCUGACAACUGACAGCUGGAACUACUUGCAAAAUGUCACUUUGGUCGAUGACAGCACGAGUAGCAAUCUCGGCAACCUCACCAAACGCGGCGUCGACACCAUGUUCCUGUAUGCCAGAGACUUCACCGCUAGUGUUAAUGGCAGCACAACAGCUAUUGGCAAUUCGACAAGCUCUGGCAACAGCACAAGUACCGAAAGCAGACCCAUGCACUACGUCCACGGUAUCCAAGCUUAUGUUGAGAAGCUUUCCAUCCCUCAAGGAAACACCUUUAUGACCAUUCUGCUCUUCUUCGCCAUUGUCAUUGCUGCAAUUACCGUCGGAAUUUUGCUCACCAAGGUCAUCCUCGAAGCUCUAGCACUCAUGGGAAACCUUCCCAAGUCCAUGAACAGCUUCCGCAAGCGUUACUGGUGGCGUCUGGCGAAGACCAUUACCAACUUGGUCAUGCUUGCUUAUGGUGUUUGGACUCUUUACUGCGUGUACCAAUUUACCAAUGGCGACUCGUGGGCAGCCAAGGUACUCGCUGGAAUCACAUGGGCCAUCUUUACAGGUAUUCUUGGAUUCUUUGCUUUCACAAUCUGGCACAAAGCCAACCAAUACAAGAAAAUGGACGGUGACGCAAGCAUGCUGUUUGAGCACAAGGAGACCUGGGUCAGAUACGCCUUCCUCUACGAAAACUUCAAGAAAGGAUACUGGUGGUUGUUCAUUCCUUCGAUUGUCUACGCUUUCGCCAAGAAUGCUCUGAUUGCUGGAGCCAACGGACAUGGGUUGGUCCAGACCAUCGGUCAGAUCGCCAUCGAGUGUAUUAUGCUCGUCCUGCUCAUCUGGUCAAGACCUUACUCACUGAAGAGCGGAAACGUCAUCAACAUCACGAUUCAGGUUGUCCGUGUCAUCUCAGUAAUUUGCGUGCUCGUCUUUGUUGAAGAGCUGGGCAUCAGCCAGACAACCAAGACUGUGACAGGCCUCAUUCUGAUCGUUGUGCAAUCUGUCCUGACCGGAGUACUUGCUAUUCUGAUCGCUGUUAACGCAAUCAUCACUUGUGUUCGCGCCAACCCUCACCGUCAGAAGAGAAAGGAAGCUGAAAAACUCAACCGUGAUCUUGACGAUCUCACACCUCUGGACGCUCGCAACUCUCUGCUCAUGGACCCUACACAACUCACAGAGUACAAGGGUGCAGGCUCGCAAGUGUCCGAAUACAAAAAGGCACCUCUUGUGUCUCCUUCGCUCAACAGCACGACAAAGAGCAAGAUUGCAUAUGACCCUCUAUCGAAGAAAUCGAAUGGCGUGUAUGCAGGAAGACCAGAACUUUCGCGGGACGAGAGUCAACAGGGCCUUGUCUCUGGCGCAGCCAGUAUGGGUGGCAGAGACCGAAGCAAUAGUCCUGCAUCGCGAGAGCCAAGAUUGCCCGACAUUGAAUUCGGACAGUUUGACUUCCGCCAUGACCAUUGA